AUGUUAUUUCGUCUGCCUCUAGUCAGAAACCUGAGCACUCAGGUCAAUGCUGCUGCUCAGAAGGUCUCUAAGACGCCCAGCAUGAAAACUUUCAAGAUAUACAGAUGGUCGCCUGAUCACCCUGAAGAAAAACCGCAUAUGCAGAGCUAUACCUUAGACAUGGAUGAGACUGGUCCCAUGAUGUUGGAUGCGUUGCUCAAGAUAAAAAACGAGGUGGAUUCCACUCUUACGUUUAGAAGAUCAUGCCGUGAAGGUAUUUGUGGCUCGUGUGCCAUGAAUAUUGAUGGUAGAAACACUUUGGCAUGUAUUUCCAAAAUCAGCAAGGCCGAUGGUAAGGACGUCAAAAUCUACCCAUUGCCCCACAUGUAUGUUGUCAAGGACUUGGUUCCUGACUUGACACACUUCUACAAGCAAUACAAGUCCAUCAAGCCUUAUCUACUGACAUCAAAGCCUCUUCCAGAAAAAGAGAUUCUACAGAGUGUUGAGGACAGAAAGAAGUUAGAUGGCUUAUACGAGUGUAUUCUUUGUGCUUGUUGUUCUACAUCAUGUCCUUCCUACUGGUGGAACCAGCAGGAAUAUUUGGGUCCUGCUGUUCUUAUGCAGGCCUACAGAUGGAUGAUCGAUUCACGUGAUGAUGCUACUGAGUCCAGAAAACAGAUGCUUCAGAAUCCCAUGAGCUUGUACAGAUGCCAUACCAUUAUGAAUUGCGCCAAAACUUGUCCUAAAGGGUUGAAUCCAGGUAAGGCAAUUGCCGCCAUCAAGAGAUCAAUGGCUUUUGAAUGA